UUGGAAUGCUCGACGCCCCAUUGUAACUGCGGGAAUCAGCCAAGACGAGCAUAGACGUGAGAAUGUUUCUGGAUCAAUAUAAUUUCAAAAAAUGAUCUCGAAUCGCAACAUCCCCAACACGAUGAAGUAGUGGGAUCCAUGGUAAGAACAAGAUCCUUGCUUCAUCACGCAAAGCAGAUCACCUCCUAUUAUGGUGUGAAUUCCGGGAACAUGAAGCUCCCAAAACGCUGGGUAGCACCCAGACGUGCCUUUCUAUUGGUGGGAGUUUUCUGUGUGCUGUGUCUGGUGAUACUUUCAUCUCGGUCUGGGAAAGACACACUGAAACCUCUCGAUUGGCAUGUCAGCCCUGAGUAUAAAAAGCUAGUGCACCAACAUGUUCAAAAAGUACUGGAGCGUGAAUGUCAUCGUGGAAGCACCAGGCAGGGGCUUUUUGCUCGACUCCCCGCUUCCAGUCACAUGACCCAACCCUUCCUGUGGAAGAACACGCCACUUUCAAGCAACCUCUUCAAGUAUCCACCCCCCUUUGGUUUCAGAGGUCUUCGGGGAAAAAUACCCUCUCUGCUUCAGCAGCUACCAGAGUCCAACGAAGCACCCUUGUUUAAAACGGGUCCUGAUACAUGUCGGCGCUGUGUGGUCAUUGGAAAUGGAGGUAUUUUGAAAGGCCUGGAGCUGGGUCCUUUCAUUGAUCGUUUCGACACCAUUAUAAGGUUGAACAGCGGUCCUCUAGGAGAGUUCAGUGUUGAUGUUGGGAAUCGAACCAGCCUCAGGAUAAGUUAUCCAGAAGGCACCCCCACUCACUGGCUUGACACAGACCCAGAGACCGUGUUUGUAGCUGUGGUCUAUAAAAGUGUAGAUGUCAGCUGGAUCACCGCAAUGAUUAACAAGCUCACCGUGUCAUUGUGGGACUGGCUCUUCUUCUGGCAGAAUGUUCCAGAGGAAAUCCCCCUUGAACGGAACAGGUUCAGACUCUUAAAUCCACUCGUCAUCAAAGAAACGGCUUUAGAUUUACUGAAAUUCUCCCCGCCUACAACACGCUUGUGGGGCUGGGACCAGAAUGUACCCACCCUGGGAAUCUCUGCACUGGAUUUAGCUAGUUUGCUGUGUGACGAGGUGAGCCUCGCGGGCUUUGGCUACAACCUGUCCCAGGAAAGGAUUCCAAUGCAUUACUAUGAUCAGCUGCCUAUGAGCUUCAUGCUUUGGCAGAAAAUGCACAAUGUGAAUGAAGAGACCAAAGUCCUUAAAAGUCUGAUCAAAGAGGGAACCAUCACUGACCUGACGGGGGGUGUUCACUGUUCCUUCUGCCCCUGAUUACCUCCAAACUACAGUCCCCCGCAAAAGCGUUGGAACGGCAAGGUCAAGUCCUUUGUUUUGUUCUACACUGAAGAUGUUAUAAUUCACAGAUCAAAAGACGAACGAAUAUGAGAGAUAAGUUCAGGAUUCCGCUUUUGUUUCAUGGUAUUUACAUCAAGAGCUGUGAUCAAAUGCUCACACUUCCACCUCAAUUGCGUGUUCCCACUGAGGGUGCGCGUGUGUAAGGCUUCCUAACUCUCUAAAGUGCUCUGUUACCUCGCCCUUUUUGCGCCCUUGGUCCGCACUCCGGCUGAGCCCACAUCCCAGUGCCCUCAGCCGAAGCAUUUAAUCCACAAUUUAUUGUGGAUUUAACCAAAAUAACGGUAGAAUUCCUGUGCAUGUGGCCUAAAAAGCGUGUUUUCAAGUCUAAGUAUCGACAUAUUAAAUAGUUUAUCAUUUGUACGUGUGUAAUUUCAAUCAAAGCUUUAAAGUCACCUGUGUAUUUUGCCCUGUUUCGGUUGGCAUACUUAGCGACCUUCCGUAGAUUGUGCGGGAGGCCGCAAAUACUGCAUCGCAAAUCCAGGCCUGGAGCCAUUGCUGCCAUCGAAUGGGACCCCGAGCCCAAGUUUUUACUUUUACUACUACUCUACUGCAGUUUUAAUUGCAUUUUAAGCAGCAAAAUUGCCAAAACAACAACCGGUGUGGCCAUGUUUGAUGACUCAUAUCCAACACAGUGGGGCAGAAACGGUGACGUAACUCACACUCUCCCAAUUCUGCAAUUUUUACACACUUGUAACCUUUGCUCCCGAACACUUUGUGCACUAUUAGGUGUACACUUCAUUGAGGACCGUGGGGCCUAUUGUGGGUAUCUGGACAGGACCUUGAUAUGUUAAAAUAGAGCACUUUUUGUUUGAAGGCACUCACUUUUCAAGUGAGUGAAAGUAUUGGAAUGGACAUGAUUAAAGUUACUUAAAAGUGAAUAUUAUUUAAUAUUUGCAGGAGCAGAGCAAAAAGCGUCUGGCUUCGCCAAGAACCACAGCAUGCAAAAAAAAAAAAGGCUCCUAACAUGAACGAAACAGAAAAAUAAAGUAGAUACAAGAGUUUGUGAACAGGAAAUCACUGCCUACCUUAGUAGAGACCUGACAUGGAGGCAUGGGGUGCAAUUUUAUAGCGUGUUAACGACCGUAGCUCACGUGUACCAUUUUAAAAUGCUUCUCAUUCUUUGCCAGUACCCUCGGUGAAUUGUACAUGAAACAAAAUCUGAAUGAGAAUAAUAACAAUAAAAUAUAUAGCGCAACACCUCUGAUUGCAAGCGGAAAUUGCAGAAUGCUGAUUGCUAACAACUUCCGGUGAUGCAGGUCACGGGCCACCGUAGGUUAAAGGUGACUUGCUUUUUUAUU